CCCAGUGCAUAGUUCGACUUUUGUCUCUCCGUGGGCUCUAACUGCAAUGAUGCUGGGAGGAGCUGGCCUGAAAGGGCGUGGCGCUAUGCCUGCCAUUGCCCGGCAGCGAUUGACUACCUUCUCACGCUCCAGUCGAUCGAUGUCUUCAUUCCGUUCCCAUGCUUCGGGAUUCCCUGUACGAUAUGGGAGAUUGAACCAAUCGCUUACAGGAAACUUGUCCUGGAGGCCUGCCUCCUCCAUUCAUCAUGCGUCGGCCGCACGAUUCAAUUCCACCGCUUCCACUGCCUCUGCGUCGACAGCCACUGCUGCAACCGCUGUAGACACGGCCGCACCUGAACCAGCAUCCGAUCUUUCUGACUUUGACAUCACUGCCAUUCCUGAGAAGAUUGGAUACCUGAAAGACCUAGGACUCGACUACGGCUGGGGUCCUUCGUCCAUGAUUGAAUACUUCAUCGAGCAUUUCCACAUCUGGGCUGGUUUUCCAUGGUGGGCUAGUAUUGUUGGAACGGGACUUUUGGUCCGUUUGGCUCUGCUGAAACCAAUGCUCAGCGCAGCGGAUGUCUCCACCAAAAUACACAAUUUGAAAGACGUUGUUGCACCCCUCCGGGCCAAGAUGGCCCAGGCUGCAAACGAGAAGAGGCAUGCGGACAUGAUGCAAGCGAGAGCGGAGCUGCAGCAACUCCACAGUGCCCAUGGUAUUAAGUUCUAUAAGACAAUGAUACCAUUUAUUCAGCUUCCGUUGGGUUUCGGUUGUUAUAGAGUUGUCAAGGGAAUGACUUCUUUGCCAGUGCCCGGAUUGGCUGUGGAGUCCGUUGGCUGGAUCAAGGAUCUCACGGUUGCGGAUCCGUAUUUUCUGCUUCCAGCUGCUACAGCAUUUGCCAUGUAUCUGUCUUUCAAGAAAGGCGGAGAGAACGGUAUGAACCAAAUGGCGAACUCACCCGUCGGCAGAGCUGUUCUCUAUGGAAUGCCUGCCUUUUCUUUCGCAUUUAUGUCCUUCUUCCCUAGUGCCCUUCAGCUUUACUUCCUAUCGACCGGUGUGUUUGCUUUGGGACAAGCAUACAUGCUUUCCUCUAACAGUUUCCGGCGAUUUGCCAACAUUGCAAUUCCCAAAAAGCCAGCAGAAAACACCGGAAUGACACCCGAGGAGCAUGGCAGAGCGAUCCGCAUGAUCCUCGACACCCAGAAGGCGGAUAAAAGUAUGCAAGUGCCUACAGUAGAGGAGGGCCAAAAGCUUAGCUUCGUCGACCGUACGCUCGAUAGCGUCAAAAAGAAUUACGAUAAUCUUACAACGGAUGUAAAGGGAAAACUAGACUCGGCAAUGGGCAAUGAGCCCAAGAAGAAUGCAGACGGGUCGCUGGCGGAACCCCCUCGGCUCAGCGAGAAGGACCGCAAAUUAGCGGCAGACUAUGAGCAGAGGAGGAAAGAGGAAGAAGACUGGAAACGGGAGGAGAGAAACCAUGCGCGACGAGAGGCCCACCUCAGAGCUCUGGAGCUUGAAAGAGAGAAGGCUCGUUCCGCAUUCAAAAACUCCAAGCAAAGGUGAGCACGAGGUUAUGCCACAUAGUCGGCCAUCUACAUAUUGAGACUCUAUUUCAUUGUAUAAUAUGGCGUGUACCAUUCAGCUCUCUGUUUUAUGUGUUACUUAGAAUGAAUUCAGAUUAAAUAGAACAUCCACCCUUAUGGGCUGUCUCUCAGUUGCGCAGACUACUUGUUAAC